CUACUAACUUCUAUCUAGCUUAUCAGUAAUCUUUCUACGAUCUUGGGCUUUUUUAUAUUUUUUUGCAUUUGAGGAAACUUGGAGGAAGAAAAUUACUGGAUAAAAUGUAUAAGAACAACGCCAAAGAACAAGUAUCUCUGAAAUAAAGAUGGUGCGUGUCGAAAUUCAACCAUUCCACGCUUCUCUUCGUACAAUGGCAACAAGUUAUUCAAAGCUAAAGGAAUUAAUUACUCUGAGGGUCAGUAUGAGUGAAAUGCACAGCCAAAUACUACAUGCGAUGAAAGGCUUAUACCAAAACGAUAUCAACUCUGCCAGGAGAUACGAGCAAAUAACCACGAUUGGACAACUUUUAAAGGUUUUGGAACUCCGAGAUGUAUUGUCUGAAGAGAAUAUUUUGCCAUUACAAGUGCUGGCUCAGAGACUUCCAGAAAAUAUGGAGGUUAUGAAUAACAUCACCUGUUAUGAGCAAAAUUGUGGACCUAAACAAAACAUAAAUCAAUAUGCUGAGGAAUACACACAACAAACUGCUCUGCCAAAGCCGCCACUGAAAGAAAACGAAGAUAAUGCUUUCUCAGACGGUCUAUGUGAGAAGAAACGUGAGAGGAUAACUGAAACCAUCGUUGAAGAAAUAGGCUCGUAUUGGCGCAAUCUAGCCAGAUACCUAGGCAUACAAGAGUGGAGAAUCGAUGAAAUUCAAUGCAAUGGUAAACCAAUAGGUGAAAAAGCAGCAGAAAUAAUGGAGAUGUAUAAGAAAAGAGCUGAUCGUAAGAAAUGGUUUUUUGAUCUCUUGGAUGCGUUAGAGAAAUCCCGUAGAAGGGAAUUGUGUAAAAAAAUAAGAGAAAUUGCUACAAUGAACAUCUAGCAUUCCCACAUUCCCCUUUUCUGAUUGUGACUGCGUCACGGGUACAAAACGAUUUUAUAGAGUCGGAUUGGGUCUAAUUUUAAACGACAAUUAAAAUUAGACCCGAUUUUAAUUUUGCAUAGUCUAUAAUAUCCUUUUGUUGAAAUUACAGAAGUAGCGAAUAAUCCUUUCCCAUCGUAUUUUAUUUUUUAAACCUUUGUUCCUUUUCGUGCUUUUUAGGGUUCCGUACACAAAGAGUAAAAACGGGACCCUAUUACUAAGACUGCUGUCUGUCUGUUAGUCUGUCACCAGGCUGUAUCUCAUGAACCGUGAUAGCUAGACAGUUGAAAUUUUUACAGAUUAUGUAUUUCUGUUGCCGCUAUAACAACAAAUACUAAAAACAGAAUAAAAUAAAUAUUUAAAUGGGGCUCCCAUACAACAAACGUGAUUUUUUUGCCGUUUUUUGCGUAAUGGUACGGAACCCUUCGUGCGCGAGUCUGACUUGCACUUGGCCGGUGUUUUGUACAGUCGGUGCCCUAACAUAAGUAUGUUGGGGCACUUACUUUACCCGAGAGUCGAGACUGACGAUACGAACGUUUCCGAUAAAAUACGAUGGGGGAAAGGAAUAUUCACAACAUCUGUACAGAGCAAACUACGUUGAAUAGAAAUUUACAUUAGUUUUUGGCAAGCUUGAUUUUCUAGUAUGUAUCUAUCUGUAUACGUUUAAUAAGCAUAAUCAGUGAAUUAAAGUGUUAAGGGUCUUUAAUCCCCCUAACAUUACAUAACAUAACAUUAUAUCGAAAUGAAAAAUAUAGUCUAAACCUUUGUUUAGGCUUUAAGAUUUGAACUAUUAAAACUAACCUAUUAUAAGAAGUAGAAAGGUAGAAUAAAAAAUAUAUUAUUUUAAGUAAGACUAUUUAUUUAAAAAAACGAACUUAUAGUUCAUAAGGCACUUUUGCUAUUAAUAAUACUUAACAUAUGUAAAUAUUUAACUUAUAACAUAUAUAUGUGUAUAUAGGAAUGUUUUACACUAUAAAACGUUUUACAUUAUAAAAACAUGUAUAUAUUUAUAGCAAUAAUAAAUGAGAUAAGUUACA